ACGUCAACAUUUCAAUUGAAUUUUUUCAUUAAAAAAAUCUUUUUAAUAUUUUUAUCAGUCCCAGCAGUGGUUUGGUACUACUUUAAUGUGAUUUAUUUAUUUAAAUUUGUGCAAUACAACAUUGAACAUUAUGGAGGAAGUCGAUUCAAUAAUUCUCCAUUUUCUUCGUCAGUUAAACAUAAAUAUUGGGGAAGAAAACAAAAGUAUAUGUGAACUUCCUGUUGAAAUUAUAAUUGAAUCUGCUUCAAGAUGUUUAAGUGAAAUAAAUCAUAACUUAAAAAUACCAACGAAAUUACCAUCUGGUAUAUCACACAGGAUAGAAGUUGCAUCGCAAAUUGCAUCCAUUUGCAAGGACUUAGGAUACAAAAAUGAGGUUGGGUAUCAGACAUUCUUGUACUCCAAUGAAGCUGAUUUAAGGCAAGUGUUUAUGUUCCUAAUAGAAAGAUUACCCAAUGAAGGCACACAGACUUCGACCAGAACUGCAUCCACUAACAAGAAACAAUUAUUUUUACAAGAAAUCAGUAAUAAAAUUAAUGAAGAGCUAAAUACUAUUUGGAUACCACCAUGUUGUAAUGUUAAUACUCAAAAAUCUAUUGGAGACUCCAUAGCUUGCAAUAAUACCUCAGACCAACAAAUUAAAAAGUAUGGUGAUAUAGAGGUCAAUGAAGAACAUUUAAUGAAAAGUCUUUUUAAAAUUAAAGAAAAGUAUUUGAACACUGAAACCAAAUGUGAACUACGGGAAACUGAUCCUGACCCUUCAAAAGAAGCCAAUGUCGAAGAUUAUGAAAUACAUAAAAGCCUCAAAGAACUUCAGGAAGAAGUUAUUGUUUUACGUCAAAAACUAGACACUUUGGAAAGUGAUCGAAAUGUUAUGGAUGUUGAAUAUUCACAGGUUCAAAAAUCAUGUGAGAAAGUUGAAACUGAAAUGAAAAAUGUGCAAAAUAUUUUAGAAAGUAUUGGAAUCAAUGAUAUUGAAAAUACUGAUUCUGUUAAUAAUGUUAUAGAGAAAGUUCAAAAUAAUAUUUGUAGUCUGCAUAAGAAGAGUGAAGAACUUACUUCAAAGAAUUUAUCUCUGAAGGUUGAUAUAGACAAAAUUAAUAAGAGUAUGACUACAUCAGAGUCAGAGAGAACUAAAUGCAAGAAAGUGUUGUUGAAUCUAAAGGAAGAAGCAAAAGCUAUUAAAGAUGAAUAUCAACACAAUGAAGAGAUAAGAAAUCAGUUAAAGAAAAGCUAUGAAAAAUGCAAAGGAGGAAACAAAAGGUCCAUAUAUACAAAGAGAAUAUUAGAAAUAAUUAGUAAUGUUGAUAAACAAAACAUGGAAAUAAAAAAGAUUCUCGAAGAUACCAGGCAACUUCAAAAAGAAAUCAAUUCACUUGAAGGUCAAUUGGAUAGAUGUUUCUCUAUCGCAGAUGAAACAUUGUUCAGGGAUGCGAAAAAAGAUGACCAAGCAAAGAAAGCAUACAAACUGUUAGCCUUAUUACAUUCCGAAUGUAGUACAAUUGUAUCGCUAGUUAACGACACUGGUACAAUUGCACGGGAAAUAGUGGAUUUGGAAGAUAAUAUUAAAACAGAAAAGGCCAAGAAAGCUGAAGACACCCUAAAGAAAAUUCACCUUGAUCUGACAAAAAUGCAACAGGAGUCUGUUUUAACUUAAAUAUAUCCAAUUAGACAUUUAAA